CACAGUCUUACCAAGCUAGCAUCUCUAUUCUAUCUGUAGUACCAGUCAUUCAGUCACUUUAAACUCAUAUCGCUUCUUAUGCAGGCAGCAAAACUACUUUUUAUUUUAGGCGCUCACAUUGAAAUUACUAUUCAUCAAUAAUUAAGUAACCAUUGGUCAAUUUAAAGUAAUAUUGUGACAGGUAAACAUAAAACUUUACUUUUACAUGCACUUUAAGGAAAUGUAACCUGUAAAUAAAAUUCUAAGCUGCAAUAUAUCAGAAUUGUAUUGCUCGAGGAAUGAUU